AUGUAUCCAGUAAUUUUAGCCGAACUUCUUCUGAUUUUAAUCCUUUUGUUCAGAACUCCUUUAAGAAAACUUCUAUUGAAAGGGCUAAGCCAGUUGAAACUUGGCAGAGGUCCUGUGGUUGCUCAAACGUUGUCUGCAACGAUGUUUGUGUUGUUCCUCUCAAGCGUAUAUGGUCUCCUCGAUGCUCAUUGGCGCUUCACGGAUGGUUCUGCCAUUAGUCCAACAGAACAAGUCCUUAUGGUUCAUCACCUUCUCGAAGCAACUCUUCUUGGAAUUUCCUUGUUCCUUGCUCUCAUAAUUGACAGACAACACUAUUAUAUAAAUGAGAUUCGUCGUUUGAGGAACAAGUCAGAAGAUCACGAGCUUCAUCAACAAAAAGGAAGAAGGAUGCAAGUGAAGUGA